AUGUCAUCAUUAGAGAAUUUACCGUUAAUCGGUAGAGAUGGAGCCAGCAGCCAAUCUGAAUCCUUCAAGAGGACUGUUUACAAAACAACGAUCUUAACCUUGAAAUCUUCUCCAGUCAAUUACUUGUUGGUGUUUGUUCCGCUAGGAUUAAUAGCUAGUGGAUUAGGCUGGUCACAUAAUGCAAUCUUUUGGCUCAACUUUCUCGCUAUUGUGCCUUUAGCAUCUCUUUUAGCUUUCGCUACUGAAGAGAUAGCAGAAAAGGUAGGUGAAACUAUUGGUGGGCUUCUUAAUGCUACAUUUGGGAAUGCUGUCGAAUUGAUUGUAUCUAUUAUCGCAUUGCGCAAUAAUCAGGUUAGAAUUGUUCAAGCCAGUAUGUUGGGAUCAAUAUUGUCUAAUUUAUUAUUAGUCUUGGGCUGUUGUUUUAUUGCUGGUGGAGUUACACGAGUGCAACAGACUUUUAACCAAACGGUUGCGCAAACAAUGUCUUCUUUAAUGGCAUUGGCUACAAUUGGCUUGAUGCUUCCUGCUGCAUUUCAUGCCACCUUACCGAGUUCCAAGCACAAACCAAUUGGGACUCCUGAUUCCGACGAUUUGAUUCUUUCGCUUUCAAGAGGCGUUUCAAUUAUACUUUUGCUACUUUACGUUUUGUACCUCCUCUUUCAAUUGAAAACACACAAAUCAUUAUUCGAAGAGCAGGUACCAGAUGAUGAUGGAAUUAUUACCACAUCAUUGCCUCCCGAUGAUGGAGGAAAGCAAGAGAAUGAUCAUUUAUCUAUAAUAAGCGCUGUUUCGGUUUUAGUGUUUGCUACUAUUCUCGUUUCAUUUUGUGCAGACUCAUUGGUUGGAUCCAUUGAUAACAUAGUUAAAUCCUCAGGGUUGUCAAAGACUUUCAUUGGGUUAGUGAUCAUCCCUAUUGUGGGUAAUGCUGCUGAACAUGUCACAGCUGUAAUUGUUGCUAUGAAAGACAAGAUGGAUUUAGCAAUUGGAGUAGCCGUUGGCUCUUCGCUUCAAAUUGCCAUUUUCGUGACUCCCUUUAUGGUUCUCGUGGGUUGGGCUAUAGGCGUCCCAAUGUCCUUGUAUUUUUCUACGUUCGAGACGUUAGUUUUGUUUGUUUCUGUAUUUAUUACAAAUUUAGUGAUUCUUGAUGGGGAGUCAAAUUGGUUGGAGGGAGCUAUGCUCUUGAGCAGUUAUUUAAUAAUUGCCUUAGCUUUUUUUUAUUAUCCAGACUCUGCACUUGAAUAG